CAGCUGCUCUCAUGAAUACCAUUAAUGGCAAACCCAACUACAUCAAGCGUGUGUCUUUAUGUUUCUUCUUCUAUUUGUAGCCACAAUCUUUGUAUCUCAGCACCAAAUAAAGAUCAUAAAGGAAAUGGCAGGCGUAGAAGCAGGGAAGGAGGAGGAGGCGACCGCUGUGAGAAUCACCGGAAAAAGCCACGUCAAGCCGGGAAAGUUGAUAGGAAGAAAAGAGUGUCAGUUGGUCACCUUUGAUCUCCCCUACCUGGCUUUCUAUUAUAACCAGAAGCUGUUGUUUUACAAGAACGACGGUUGUGGUGAGUUCGAGGACAAGGUUGAAAAGCUCAAGGAAGGGCUGAGGGUGGUGUUAGAGGAGUUUUAUCAGCUAGGAGGUAAGCUCGGGAAAGAUGACGAUGAGGUUCUUAGAGUUGAUUAUGACGAUGAUAUGGAUGGUGUUGAAGUGGUGGAAGCCGUGGCAGAGGGGAUUACCGUCGAUGAAUUGACGGGUGAUGAUGGUACGAGCUCAUUUAAGGAAUUGAUACCUUUUAAUGGCGUCUUGAACUUGGAGGGUCUUCACAGGCCUCUUUUGUCCAUACAGUUGACGAAGUUGAAAGAUGGUAUCGCAAUGGGGUGUGCUUUCAACCAUGCCGUCCUCGACGGAACCUCCACUUGGCAUUUUAUGAGCUCUUGGGCUCAAAUCUGUAACGGUACUUCGAGCUCCGUCGUUGUGCCGCCGUUUCUUGAUCGGACCAAAGCUCGAAACACCCGCGUGAAGCUCGACCUCAGUCCGGUCGUUUCUUGCAACGGCGACGACGCCACCAAACAAGGCCCGCCGGCGCCGCAGAUGAGGGAGAAACUCUUCCGUUUUUCCGAAGCCGCCGUCGAUAAGAUCAAAUCGAGAGCUAAUUCAACCCCACCACCGUCCGAUGGCUCUAAACCGUUCUCGACUUUCCAAUCUCUAGCUGUCCACAUUUGGCGACACGUAUCCCAAGCACGUAACCUCAAACCCGAAGACUACACGGUUUUUACUGUCUUCGCCGAUUGUCGUAAAAGGGUUGAUCCACCGAUGCCCGACAGUUACUUCGGAAACUUGAUUCAAGCCAUCUUCACCGCCACAGCGGCCGGGUUGUUAUUGGAAAACCCACCGUCAUUCGGAGCUUUAGUGAUACAAAAAGCUAUAGAAUCCCACGACGCUAAAGCCAUCGAUGAACGUAACAAGGCAUGGGAAGCAGCGCCGAAGAUUUUCCAGUUCAAAGACGCCGGUGUCAACUGUGUAGCGGUCGGAAGCUCACCGAGGUUUAAAGUUUACGAAGUGGAUUUCGGGUGGGGAAAGCCGGUAGGGGUGAGGAGUGGAUCCAACAACAGGUUCGAUGGAAUGGUGUAUUUGUAUCAAGGGAAGAGCGGUGGCCGGAGCAUUGACGUUGAAAUCACCAUGGAAGCUCAAGCUAUGGAGAAAUUGGAGAAGGAUAAAGAGUUUUUAAUGGAAGUAUAGUAUUUUGCAUGGAAGUAGGGUACUAUGAAAAUUGAAAUUGUGCUAAUUACCGUUUUAGGAUUUAUUUUGGUGUUUGUAAUAGUUUAAUAAUUCGUAUUUUUAAUGUUUUGUCUUUGGUCUGUGUUAUUAAUGGCAGUGCUGCAUGGUUUUGUCUUGUAUCGGUGAACAUCAUAAAACAGUGGUGUUCUAUGCAAUAAUUUAAUAAAAUUUAAGAGCAAAAUUUGCAGAAAAAA